GUUUAAACCCCAUCAUCGAUAACUACUAACGAAUUAAAUAAUUUCUCCACUAAAAAGUUGCGAAAAUGUAAAGAACUUCACUAAAUUUUCAUUGGCGGUCACUCAAGGCAUAUUCCUACAUGUAUCUUCCUCUCAUAGAUGUAUAACACACUCAUGUUCAAGAUUGGUGGUUCUGAUCAGUCCACCCCUUGAAUUUAUUGCCAUAUCUACUAACUUAUAUACUACCUACUACUGCUUACUAUUUACUACUUACCCUACGCUGUAGGGCUUAAGACAGUCGCAGAUAUUCAAGUCAGACAACAAACCAGCAAAGGCACGUGGAUAUCACAAGCUACAGUAACUACGCAUAUAAUUUCGAGGCAUCCGGCCGCGAGCAACCAUCUUUGUGUGUUACUGUUACUGUUUCUGCCUUUCACCAAUGUCUUCCUUUUCCUCCACUGGGAACGCGACAGCACAGCGUGUCCCAGCAUGGAAGCGAUUGGGUCUCAAGCUUAAGCCUACACCCGAAGAACAAAACCAGAACGGAACCCUGCCUGCGCCCACGGGUGCUACUGCUCCGACAGUGCCCAACCAUCAGCAUCAAACCCCCACCAGCCUGAUCAAUGCCAAUGCGAAGAGAAAAUCUUCUGGCGUUCCUGCAUUAGCCCAUUCGGCUAAAAAGGUGAAGAGAGAUAUCUCACAAAAUCAGGACUCUUCCAACCAGACAGCCAGAAAGGUCAAGUCUGUCUCGUUCGCCACCGCUUCUAUCCAAGACGCCGGGUCUUCAGCAACGGCAAGCGGCACACCGGUCACGAACAAGAAGAAGUCUCUAUUAAUUAAGAGCCCCACCGCGGCCUCUUCCACCCUAGUCAAGAAGCAAGCUCCUGUCAACUUGGAACCCGCGCUCGAGUAUCUACGCCAGUGGCAUUCGUCUAGAGAUACUUGGAAAUUCAACAAGAAUCACCAGACCAAACUACUAGAGCAAGUUUUCGCCUACGAGACUACUAUACCGGCGGUCGAUAUCCACAUCUUCUAUGAUUAUAUCAGGGGUCUGAAAGGAGCCGUCCGAAUGAGACUCAAAGAGCUUGCAUCUGGCGUCAAGGAACAAGACAUGGAACAGGGACCCGAAGCCUUCGCGGCUUCCAGUAAAGAGAUGGCCCAGAGAAAGCAGAAGGAGUAUGAGGAGGCUAUUGCACGUUUCUUAAGCCAGCCUACGACACCCGGAAAGCGACGUUUCAAUGAGGUCGACUACGUCCUCCGGGCUGCAGAUAUGGAAACCCAACGCCGGGUUGUCAAGCGAAUGCGUUGCGAGAUGGUAUUGGAUGAGCUUUCCGACAGCGGCGACACCGAGACAGCGGACACAGCUACCGCCGCGACGACCACGGCGCAAGGAAGCAGUACUGUUGGCGAGCCCGAGCAUGCUACGAGUGAAGGCGCAACGACCGAAGCUGAGGGUGUUCAGCGCCUCAGCUUGAACGAUGGCCCGCAGCAAAGAGUCAAGCGCAAGAGAAAAACCAGGACCGCGGUGGUCGACGAUGAAACGAGCUCAGAAUCUGACUCAGACUCAGAUUCUGACAGCGCAUCGGAUUCGAGCUCCGACUCGGGCAGCAGCUCAUCUGAUUCCUCGGAUGAUGAGGUAGUACAACCGCAAUUGACCGUUAAUGAGGCCAAUAGCUCGUCCAGCAGCUCAUCCUCGUCUGAAGCAUCGGAUUCCGACGAGGACUAGGAUGGCUAGUCACUGACAUGAUAAGGGGCGA